AUGCAGGCAACACGGGCAUUAUUAAAACGCUCUGUAUGGAAGGGCAUGUUCCAAUCCACCUCUACGGCCCCAUCUCGUGCCAUUUCCAUCCAAGUUUUACCCUCCAAGAAACGGUUCCUGACUCCCAGCAACAGCCUCCCAAUCGUAUGGCCGAAAUCCGCAGACGAUAAAGUGCCCCCGGUGCGCACCCAGGCCCGCUCCGCGACGAUUCUACCCAAUUUCGUCGGUCUCCGAUUCGAGGUGCACAAUGGCAAGGAAUACAACCGCGUGCUCAUCACCGAGGACAUGGUCGGACACAAGCUAGGGGAAUUCGCACCGACCCGGAGAGGUAUCGUUUGGGACAGACGAAAGAGAGGCUAA